AAAUCCAUUUGAGCAAGGGGCAGAGAUCUGUUUUCUCCUGACAUCUGUCAGCCUCUUAAGCACAUUUCCCAGAGCAGUUUGCCUACAUUUGCAUGGAACAUCCUACAUAAGUCAAUCACUGGGCAAUCGAGUUUGGGCGGAGGGGAUUUGCUUAGCACAUGCCCAAACACAGACACACACGCACACACAAACACAAACACAAAAUCUCUAGGGCUUCUCUGUAGCCUUAUGUUAUGCACUGUGUGGGUUCCCUACUUGAUGUUCAAUAGAUUGUUCUAAUUCCCUUUUAUUACGCCAUCAUAUUAGAACCCAUUGGCAGUUUGAACAACGGUAUGUAAUAUGGAAGUCCUCAGAUGAAUGCUGGCAAGGGCACUGCACCAGAUUGAAGAGUAAUCUUACUGAUAAUCUUUUAUAUUACUAUGCUCACAGAAAUAAGCUACGGGUUUAGAUGGAGCAAUAAAACUGAGCUCUUGCAUGUAAUUUGCCCUUUGUGAUGAUAACAGUAAAAUAUGACAGAGAGGGUGGGUGAGUACACAAGGGGAGAGAGAGUGAGAGAGAGCGAGAGAGGGAGUGAGUAAGGAGUCUGAAAAGAGGAUGUGCAAAGAGAGAGCGAGAGAGAGAUUGGAAAAGGAGGUUGGAAUAAGAGCAAGGGACUCUGAAAGCAAAGCAGAGAAUGAGGACAGCGAAAGGAUCAUCGGGCAGUCCAGCAGUCGGUAUACUUCGGUUUGUCCAGAUUUUUUGUUUAUUUGUCUCAGUGCGUGCAAGCAGCAGCACCAAUAUACGUUAUGCUUAUGUGCAUGCCAUGCCAAACAGCUCUCGCUAAAAGGCAUUUAGAAAGAUUCGGAUGUCUGAAGAGAGGAGCACAGCCAUCACCUAUCAGAAGCCCAAAUUAGUUGGCUCCCCAGGCAGGACCCCCCAGGUCAGGCUGGGGCACCAUGGGGAUAGAGCGAGGUCCAAGAGCCACGCUGGCCUUCACACUCAACUGUGCCGCCUUUGCUCUGGCCGUCUCAGCCGUUACAACCAGCUACUGGUGCGAAGGGACCAGGAAGGUGGCCAAGCCUUUCUGCACAGGACCAGUCAAGGUCAAACAGACAUACUGCAUCCGCUUCAACAGCUCUGACAUCAACAACACGCGUCUGGUGCAGUACAUCUAUGAGACUGGAGAAGAGAAGUUCCUCAUGAGAAAGUUCCACACAGGCAUAUGGUUCUCCUGUGAACAGGCUGUCGACCUAAUAGGAUUUACCUGUAGGGAAUUCCUAGAGAUCACACCAGAUCAUGAAAGAGGGGUGCUAUGGUUGUGCAUUGUUGGCCUUUUUGGAAUGGUGGCAAAUAUGAUGUUCACUACAGCUUUCCAGCUUGCAGUCAUCAUGGGUCCAGAAGACUGGAAACCUAAAACCUGGGACUACAGCUGGUCCUAUCUUUUGGCCUGGGCCUCCUUCGCUACCUGUAUGGCCUCAGCUGUCACCGCCCUUAACCAUUACACCAAGACCAUCAUCCAGUUCAAGUUCAAGCGGCGGAAUAUCGAGAAAAACCUACGGAUCAAGCAGAAGCUUCUAGAGCUGGACAUCCCUGAAGGCUUAUGGGACGUUUAUCUGACCUCAGACUCUGAUCCUGCAGACCUCCACAUUGACUUGCCAGUGAAUGGCAUCAAACCACUCUGUUCUCCGGUCCCCACAGCACUGGACUCACAGGGGGAAGAAUACUGCUAAGGCUCUGCGCUCUUUCUUUCCUCUCAUGCACAACCAAAUGUGAAUUUCUAAGUAAAACAUUAUAAAUCAACAAACCUGCAUUAAUAAAACCAGAUUUGGUUAAGACUAUAUUGUGCUAUUUUGACGGUUCUUGUUAUGCGUUUUACUAUUUACGUGAGUGUGCUGUAUUUUAUGACACUGUGUGUACUCUUUUAAGGGCUUACAUUGCUAAAUUAAUCAGAUUCUGGCAUGCAAAACACCUGCUCUAAAAAAAAAACUUAGAAAUGAUAAUGACAAUGAAAGAUACACAUGCAUGCCAUCCCCUUGAGGUGUUGUUUAAUUAAGUGUACUGAUAUAUUAAGGUUGUGUUAUUUUAUUAUUAUUUAUUUGUAUGUAUUAUUUUAUUGUACUUAUUUUUGCAUGACCAUAUCUCUUUCAAACAUUUCAUCCACUGCUACUGUUUCCAGCGUGCCAUUUUAACCAUUUCUGACUAGGCAUUUGAUAUUGCAAAAUUAUCACAGUGAAAGCAAUACCAGUUUCCACAUGCUUAGGUAAGGCUGCCAUCUACUGGAUAUACACUUCAGUGCCUCUGGCUUUGGGACCCGUGCAGCAGCAAGGGUCUGUUAUAAUACACUGCAACGUUUGGUAUGAAAUAAAUAAUUCACUGACAACCUAA